AUGUCUCUCCUCAUAUGCACAGAAGCUAGCUUCUAUUUCCCGUGUCUCUCUGGACAUUUCACACGUCACGAAAAAAUCUCUACAAUGAACCAUUUCAUCUAUCUAUCUAUCUAUCUAUCUAUCUAUCUAUCUAUCUAUCUAUCUAUCUAUCUAUCUUCUUAUUCAUAUUUAUCUAUCAAUCUAUCAAUCUUAUUCUCUUCAUAUUUAUCUAUCUAUCAAUCUAUCUAUCUUAUUCUCUUCAUAUCUAUCUAUCUAUCUAUCUAUCUAUCUAUCUAUCUAUCUAUCUAUCUUAUUCUCUUCAUAUUUACCUAUCAAUCUAUCUUAUUCUCUUCAUAUCUAUCUAUCUAUCUAUCAAUCUAUCUAUCUAUCUUAUUCUCUUCAUUAUCUAUCUAUCUAUCUAUCUAUCUAUCUAUCUUAUUCUCUUCAUAUUUAUCUAUCUAUCAAUCUAUCUGA